GAUUUUCGAGGAGUCUAGCGAGCUUUCGAAUCAUCUCCCUUAUCCUAAUGAAUGGAACCACAAACGACUCUGGGAACAGUGUCGUUUACGGGUCUGAUAAUCUCCGUGAGUGAGCGGGCCCGAUGCAGGGAGGAAGGAACUCGUUACAGUACAAAUCGAAACGUCACCGGACAAUAGGCACCGACGCGUUCGCUAUCUCUGAGCUACGUGUCGUUUACAUGGCAUGCAUUGGUGCCACCUUGCCUCGCAUUCGUCCCUCCUUUGGUCACCUAUAAACCCCAGAUUUCUUUCAUUCUUUCGUAUCAUUAAUCAGAUCAUUUUCGUUCCUGUUUCUUCUGUUGCUAAUUCAUGGAUCUCAUUCACGGUUUCCUCAACCUCGUUGCUCCUCCGUUCACCUUCUUUUCUCUUGCCCUCUUCUUACCCGCCUAUUGGACUCUCAAGUUCUUUCUUUGCACCUUGAACUCCAUCUUCGCUGAGAAUCUCGCCGGCAAAGUUGUCCUCAUAACUGGUGCUUCCUCCGGCAUCGGCGAGCAUUUGGCAUACGAGUAUGGCAAAAAAGGUGCUCGUUUAGCACUCUCUGCUCAGAGGGAGAAUGCACUUAGGGAAGUUGCGGAUAGAGCUCGAGAUUUUGGAUCUCCGGAUGUUAUUAUAAUACACGCAGAUGUUUCCAAGGUCGAGGAUUGUGCCAGAAUGAUCGACGAAACUGUAAAUCAUUUUGGAAAAUUGGAUCACUUGGUUAAUAAUGCGGCUGUUGCCACUUCUAAAUUGUUCCAAGAAGAAACUGAUAUCACCAACUUGAGGCCCAUUAUGGAGACAAACUUCUGGGGUUCAGUGUACACGACUCGUUUUGCUUUACCGCAUCUAAAAACCAGCCGAGGGAAAAUCGUAGUAAUGUCAUCUGUGGAUUCUUGGAUGCCAGCACCCAGAAGAAACGUGUAUAGUGCAAGCAAAGCCGCUUUAGUCUCCAUGUACGAGACAUUGAGGGUGGAAGUUGGGUCUGAUAUGGGCAUAACCAUAGUAACCCCAGGCUACAUAGAGUCUGAAAUAACCAAGGGGAAGUACUUGAUGGGCGAAGGAAGGGUGGAGGUAGAUCAAGAUCUAAGAGAUGUUGAAGUGAGCGCAGUGCCGGUGGGAUCAGCAAGUGGGUGUGCAGAAGCAAUAGUGAAGAGCGUGGCGAGGGGAGACAGGUAUUUGACGGUACCAGGAUGGUUCAGGAUGUCGUACGUUGUGAAGGUAUUGUGCCCAGAACUGGUGGAGUGGGGAUUGAGGUUGAUGUAUAUGAGUGGGGAUUCGGCCAAGGAAGCAUUGAGCAAGAAGAUUCUGGACGCCACCGAAGCCAAGAACGUGUUGUAUCAGUCUUCCAUCCAAAAUCCUGACGUCAAGACCGAUUGAAAUCCAUAUAUAUUAUGAGUUCGUUUCAUCCUGUUUUUCCUGAAUGUGUCUACUUGAACCCGUCACAUGCUUACUUGCUAGUAUUAAUAUCAGGAAUUUAGGAUGCAGAACGAAAUAAAACCAAAACCGAGACAUCUGAUGAAAAAGCUCAGGAAGCAAUGUAAUGUCUGGUUUGAGUUAUUUUCGCUGUGCUUCGCCCAAGGGUUCAAUGAUAAUAUUUCACUCUA